AUGGGAAAAGUCAGAGAAAUUGUCAGGGUUGUAGGAAUUUUCCUUGUUCCUUUGCAAUUAGCAGCGGCAAUUUAUUUGGCUGCCACUAUAAAAAAUUCUUCAUGGCCGGAGCGCGGGCAAGAAAUGUCAAGUAUUACCGGCUUACCAAUAUGGUUUGCUGCUCCCUGUCCUCACCGGUCACCUGGGAGCGAAAGAACCACGUCGGAAUUUGCUUCAGCUAUUGUCACUGGUGUGGCAAGCUUUGCAUCUAUCUUUAUUAAAAUAAUGGGCAUAUUGAAUAUAAAAUCCAUCUUGCAUAAUUUAUUUGAUUUAAUACCAGGCAAAAAAGAGCAAAGUUUGCUAAGCUCACGCUACCAACGUUAUCAUGUUAUUGAUGAUAAUUCUAAAGAAAAACGUCCCAGCUUGAAAAUCCCCGGUGUCCAUCAGACGUUAAUUCAUUUUAACACCAUCAUUACCGCUUACGUCUCCGCCACAUUUAUAGCCCUGAUUGCAGGAUUGAUCUUUGGCAUAGGAAAAGUGUGGGGAUUUUUUGGAAUAUUUCAUAAUAUUAUGGAGGUUUUCAUCGUGGCCGCGUUAUGCCAUAGGUCAAAUAAGAGAUACAUUGUCAGCAUUUUGAUCAUAUUGGUGUAUUCGGUGGUUGUCACAGGAGCAUUAAGUUUGAUCCUUGAUUUUAUUCUGCCGGUCCUCUUCUUCAUUGUGGCAUUUGAAAGUACAAGUGAAUUCACCCGUCUAGAGAACGUAGGAUACUUGGUCUUUGCCUCUUUGGUUCAUCUCAUUGGGAAUGUAGUUAGUGCAGUUGGCAAUGAUUCCGAAUCAUCGACGAUUAUAUUCCAGUCGUCAUACUUUAUCGCUUUCCCGAUAUACGCCAUUUACGUGCAUUACUCGCAGAAAACACUAGAACCUCACCAAGGUGCCGAUAUAACUGUUUGGGACUUGAUUUUGUUAUUCUCGUGGGGUGCUACUGCCAGUCUCGUUACAACUUUGAUUGGAAUAAAAGAUCUUUCGUGUACAAUAAAUAUUCUGUAA